AUGACAUACGGUAAUAGGUAGCUCUUGGAGGUCGGGACUGCGAGGUCAAUAGCCUUUGGUUCGACUGCCUCAUAUACUUGCUUCCAGAUGAAUCGUAUCCCAAUCAGCUAGCUAGUAGAGAGAGGGAAUAGCUUUGCGACACCGCACUGCAGCCUUUGCAGCAACUUAAUAAAGGAAAGACAACAACAUUGCUUAAUUCUCAAAUUAGCAUAGCACCUGAGCAAUCUGAUUGAUCCACCUGAUCAACACUUGCAACGAAAUCUAUGGUUGCCCGCAGAUACAUAGCAGUACCAAGCUUCAUACGGUAGGUACGAUAGACUGUGCAUAGAAAAGAUAGUUCAGCACUGAUGAGGAGCAAGGGAGACAAAAGAUUAGACCAGUAGAUAUCAUAGCUGGGAUCGCUCUAAUAAGCCAGCUGGUAUGGUACCGUACUGGUACCGUAGUACCAUGGCAGUUAUUUGUGGGUUAAAAGUAAAAUUCACAUAAAUCAGAACGAUUUUGCAACUAAUUAUUGAGCAAAUCUGUCCGCUCUCAUUGUUCCAAAGAUCGUCUCAACGCUAGCUAGCUAGCAUGAGCACAAGAGCUUCAACAGGUCAACAGAAAGAAUGAGAUCUCUCCCGUUGGCGUUGGUUCAUGACCUCAGAAUUGCACGAUUGUCAGCAGUAAGACACCUGCAAAGUCAGUCAGCAUCGGCAGGGUCCCGGUUGAGGCUGUAUGAUUCCUUAUCCGAAACCAUAAAGGAAAUUCCCCUGAGCUUUGCUAAUACUUCUACCGAUGGUUCUACGAGUACUGCAGCCGCCACUGAAGCGAAGGCUCUGGCUUGGUACACAUGUGGUCCCACAACCUAUGCUGCAAUGCACUUGGGACAUGCUCGUACCUACGUAUGGUUGGACAUGAUGCGGAGGAUAAUCCAAAAUGAAGCCAGAAUACGUGUUCCUGGUUUGUCACCAUUAUUCGUCAUGAACAUCACGGACAUUGACGACAAAAUACUAAAUGCUGCAACCGACAGUGGCACGCCCCCACUGACUCUGUCACGACAAGCAGAAGCCAACUUUUGGAAGGAUAUGGAUCGAUUGAACUGCCUUCGACCGCACGUCGUCACCAGAGUUUCCGAAUUUGUACAAACGGAUAUUGUGCCCUACAUUCAAACAUUGGUCGACAAACAAAUGGCAUAUGCCAGCCAAGAUGGCGUUUACUUCCAUGUUCAGGAGUUUGAAGCACAAGGACAGACCUAUGGGAAGCUAGCAGGAAAGGCUGCGCAAGCAGCAACACAACCACAAACCAGCACUACCAAAAAGGAUCCAAGAGAUUUUGCACUCUGGAAACUACAAAAAGAGGGAGAAGAUGUUGCUUGGCCAUCCCCUUGGGGGAAUGGAAGACCCGGCUGGCAUAUCGAAUGUUCCGCUAUGAUUGAAGCCAUUGCCAAACAGUUUCAACACACGCAUCAAUUCUUGGUGCAUGCAGGAGGACAUGACCUCAAAUUUCCUCACCACACAAAUGAAAUCGCCCAGGCUGAGGCAUAUCAUCAUGAGCAGCAUGAACAAUCAUCAUCUUCAGGCACUUGUACGUCCUGUUCCAACACAGCAGCCAAGACAACCAGAUGGAUUCCUCAUUGGGUACACACGGGACACUUAAUGAUAAAGGAGGCCAAAAUGUCAAAGUCACUCAAGAACUUUUUAACAGUGGAUGAGCUAUGGUUUGAUGGUAGUGCCAAUGACAAGGAAAGUACUAACUCGACAAUGGGCUCUCCAGCAGAUGACUUUCGAAUGUGGUGUCUCAUGGGAGGAUCCUAUAAGCACAAGGAAGAAUACUCACGGUCCAGAAUACGAAAUGCAAGACAGCAACGACAAAAGAUUCUACAGUUCUUUCUCGACGGGGAACAGUGGAUAGAAAAGCAGCAAAUUCACGCAGAGUCGACUUCUAGUGACUCCUUCGGCAGCAAACGAUGGAGUGACCAUGACCACGAAUUAUUCAAUACCGUUUCCAUGGCCUCCGCCGACGCAUACAACGCCCUUUUGGAUGAUAUGCAUGGUACGCGAUUUGUCGACCAUCUCCUGAGAAUCACCGAAGAGGCAAGUGUUUACAUGCGGCGACGGCAUUCAACGAACAACUCUGAAACAAACAAUAACGUCGAACCCAUGAAAAUGGCGCUACAAUCAUGUCGGGACCUUCUCUCGCUGGUUGGAUUCUCCCCUGCGACGGUCAAUGCUGGAUUGACUUACAAUGCACGCGAUGAACACAGGAGCAGCCAAAUCGUUGGAGGUGAAAAGGCUAUUAUCGAGGAGUUGAUUCGAUUCCGGGAACAAGUCCGCAAGGCAGCAUUGGAAGAUGUCAAGCAACAAAAGAAGGGUGCGAAUUACAAGAGCAGCUGCGCCAAGAACAUUUUGAAAGCCUGUGAUGAAUUGCGGGACGCAUUGCCCGCUUUGGGACUGCAAGUCAUGGAUGGAAAACAGCAAACGGAGGACGCUGGGGCUUGGAAGUAUUGUGUGCCAAAAGGCACGCCGCACCAGUAGUCCUACACUUGGUUCAGCGCUGGGUUCCAAGGUCUCACUCAAAUCGAUUGACCCUGUUCUUCUUCGCAUCGUUUCCUAAAAGUGGAAACAGCUACGAGGCCGAAACCAUCCCAAUUGUCGGGACCAGAGAGCAUCGGGUAGACCCAAUAGACAACUCUAAUUAGCGGCAUUUCUGGGCGCUUAAUGGUAGUAAACGGAUGGCUCCGUCACUGUCCAGGGCAUACUGCAUACGACGCCCGAAUACGGAGAAAGCCUCGUACGAACAAGG